AACCUCAGCAUGUCGGCCGCGAUAUAAAGGACAAGGCGGCGCGCCUCCCAGACGCAGAGUAGCUUGUGAUUGGCUCGGGCUGCGGAACCUCGGAAACCCGAAUGUGAGGACCUUACAGAUCCACAGCUGCCGACCCCCGCAGAAAUCUGGAGCGCGGUCAGAAUCCAACUGGCGGCGGCAGUGGCAGCAGUGGCUGCAGGUAAAGAGAACUUUUUUCCAAAGAAAAUAACAUAGGUCAGAAGGAAAAAUAACAAAAACAAAUUGCUGCAGAUUUUACUUUACAAUAUGUAAGAAAAUCUACAAUUUCUUCAAGACAGUCAUAUUAAGGAAGCAGUCAUGUUUCUUGAGUCCUCAAAACUAUGAGACAAGAGACUGUAGUAGAGUGAGGCCAGAAGUCCUUACUGGCUCAAAGAACUCCAGGGAAACUGGGAUAAAACAUUUUACAUUAUAAGUAGAACCCCGGGAGCCAGAGGUGAAACACAAGUUUAUCUGCAGAGCUCCGCUGCAGGGCUGAGCUGGGUCUGGAAGAAAUGGAUGAGAGCCACUGGAUGAAAUUCACUAAUACUAGACACCUGAGUCUUCUAGUAAUAUAUCUGUGAAUGAACUUUGCUAAGUAUGGAAUCAGGUGGUGGAAGUCUUGGAUUGCACACAUCAGACUGUAGAAUGGCCCAUACCAUGAUUAUGCAGGAUUUUGUGGCUGGAAUGGCUGGUACUGCACAUAUCGAUGGAGACCAUAUUGUUGUUUCAGUUCCUGAGGCUGUAUUAGUUUCCGAUGUUGUCACAGAUGAUGGGAUAACCCUUGAUCAUGGCCUUGCAGCUGAAGUUGUUCAUGGGCCCGAUAUCAUCACUGAGACUGAUGUAGUAACAGAAGGUGUAAUUGUUCCUGAAGCUGUACUUGAAGCUGAUGUUGCUAUUGAAGAAGAUUUAGAGGAAGAUGAUAGUGAUCAUAUAUUGACUUCCGAGCUAAUUACAGAAACUGUUAGAGUACCGGAGCAGGUGUUUGUGGCUGACCUUGUUACUGGUCCUGAUGGACACUUAGAACAUGUGGUCCAAGAUUGUGUUUCAGGAGUUGACUCUCCCACAAUGGUAUCAGAGGAGGUUCUUGUAACUAAUUCAGAUACAGAAACUGUGAUUCAAGCAGCUGGUGGUGUUCCUGGUUCUUCAGUUACUAUUAAAACCGAAGAUGAUGAUGAUGAUGAUGAUGAUGAUGAUGAUGUCAAGAGCACUUCUGAAGACUACUUAAUGAUAUCUUUGGAUGAUGUUGGGGAAAAAUUAGAACAUAUGGGGAACACACCAUUAAAAAUCGGCAGUGAUGGUUCACAGGAAGAUGUUAAAGAAGAUGCAUUCGGUUCAGAAGUAAUAAAAGUGUAUAUAUUUAAAGCUGAGGCUGAAGAUGAUGUUGAAAUAGGUGGAACAGAAAUUGUCACAGAGAGUGAGUACACCAAUGGACAUUCUGUAGCUGGAGUGCUUGACCAGAGCCGAAUGCAGCGGGAGAAGAUGGUUUACAUGGCAGUUAAAGAUUCUUCUCAAGAAGAAGAUGAUAUUAGUUGCGCUGAAAUAGCAGAUGAAGUUUACAUGGAAGUCAUUGUAGGGGAAGAGGAAGGAACUUCUCUCCCUGAGACUCAGCUUGAGGACUCUGAUGUUAAUAAAACAAUUGUCCCUGUUGUCUGGGCUGCGGCAUAUGUGCGUGAAAUAAUAUCUAAUCUAUGGGAGUGGAAGAACUCAACAAAAAAAAAUAAUAAUCCAAGGAACAGUGGUCAAAGAGAUGAAAGAAGAGUUUCCCGGAGGUAUGAAGAUUGUCAAGCAUCAGGAAAUACCUUGGACUCAACAUUAGAAAGCAGAAGUAGUACAGCAGCACAGUACCUUCAAAUUUGUGAUACCAUUAAUACAAAUAAAGUACUUAAACAAAAAGCUAAGAAGAGGAGAAGGGGAGAAACCAGGCAGUGGCAAACAGCUGUUAUAAUAGGCCCUGAUGGACAGCCCCUGACAGUAUACCCUUGCCAUAUUUGCACAAAAAAGUUUAAAUCCAGGGGAUUCUUGAAAAGACACAUGAAGAAUCAUCCUGAUCAUUUGAUGAGAAAAAAAUACCAGUGUACAGAUUGUGACUUUACAACUAACAAGAAAGUGAGUUUCCAUAACCACUUGGAAAGCCAUAAGCUUAUAAACAAAGUUGACAAAACCCAUGAAUUUACAGAAUACACACGAAGAUACAGAGAGGCUAGUCCACUGAGUUCAAAUAAACUUAUAUUAAGAGACAAGGAGCCGAAGAUGCACAAGUGCAAAUACUGUGACUAUGAAACAGCAGAACAAGGACUGUUAAACAGACAUUUACUGGCUGUUCACAGCAAGAAUUUUCCUCAUGUUUGUGUUGAGUGUGGGAAGGGCUUUCGACAUCCUUCUGAACUCAAGAAACAUAUGAGAACCCAUACUGGUGAGAAGCCAUAUCAGUGUCAGUAUUGUGUCUUCAGGUGUGCAGAUCAGUCAAAUCUGAAAACUCACAUUAAGUCUAAGCAUGGUAACAAUUUACCAUAUAAAUGUGAGCAUUGUCCUCAAGCAUUUGGUGAUGAGAGGGAGCUUCAACGCCAUCUGGAUUUGUUUCAAGGACAUAAGACACACCAGUGUCCUCAUUGUGACCAUAAGAGUACCAACUCAAGUGACCUUAAGCGGCACAUCAUAUCUGUCCAUACUAAGGAUUUUCCUCACAAAUGUGAGGUGUGUGAAAAAGGUUUCCAUCGUCCUUCUGAGCUCAAAAAGCAUAGUGAUAUACAUAAGGGUAGGAAGAUUCAUCAGUGUAGGCACUGUGACUUUAAAACAUCAGAUCCAUUUAUCCUUAGUGGUCAUAUUCUUUCAGUUCAUACUAAGGAUCAGUCAUUGAAGUGUAAAAGGUGCAAGAGAGGGUUCAGACAACAAAAUGAGCUCAAAAAACAUAUGAAGACCCACACUGGAAGAAAGAUCUACCAAUGCGAGUAUUGUGAAUAUAGCACUACAGAUGCAUCUGGCUUUAAACGACAUGUGAUAUCAAUACAUACAAAAGACUACCCACACAGGUGUGAAUUCUGCAAGAAGGGAUUCCGAAGACCAUCAGAAAAAAAUCAGCAUAUUAUGAGGCACCACAAGGAGGCUCUUAUGUAAUAAGAUCAAUAUAAAGCUAUUUCAAAAAUAGGAUAUGCUACAUGGGAGGAAAAUUUCAUGAACUGUUUCAUCUAGUUCCAAAGCUUGAUAGUAAAUCAUAACUUUACAUUCUUUGUAUUAGAGAUCUUGAAAUAUUUGAAUUGACAGGGGAUUUCAUUGCCCUUUGAAAAUUACUUAAAGAAUUUAAGAAGCACCAUAGAAUGGUUGCAGAAAAACUCUUAAGUGUCUAUUUAAUAGUAUUAUAUGCAUAAUUAAACUACAGAAGGGCAAAGCAAAGACAAUAACUUUAUUUGGCUGAUCAUACUAGAGAUAAAUGUUUCUGAAAAGAUCAUAUUUAGUUGAGUUUAGCAAUGUUUUGCUGUGGCAAGCAAGUCUCACUUUUAUGUGAUUUUAGAAAUAAGGUGGGGCAAGAAAAUACAGUCAUCCAUCAGUCACUUAGUCAUUGAGCCUUUUUUAUGGCACCUGAAAAUUGAUUUCCAGAAAUGCAAAAGUUUUAUGUAUUCAUUAAAAGAAAUUUCGCUGGAAAACAGAUUAUACUAAUUCAAUACUAUUAAAGAGAUUUUCUGAGCUGCUAAGAUUUUAUUACAGGAUGGGAUGUUUAAAAUACAGCAUUCUUUGGAAGUCUAAAAUGGAAUCUAAGAUUAAAGUUCCCUUUUUUCUGAUGUUCAAGUUGAUUUUUCAGUAUGGCAUAUAUGACAAAAGUAUAUUUGAGUCAGAUGUGGCUUUCUAAAACAGAUGCAACAGUAGUGUUGCAAAUAAAGUUAGCACUAUAUUUCUUUACGAUCUAAAGAUUAAAUUGAGAGAACACAGUUUUCUUAAAUAUGUUGUUUAGAAGUUUCUUUUUAGGGCAGUCUCAGCAAGUAUGAUUGUUCUAGUCUUACUUGCUUUAAUGGUUAUAGGUGCAAUUUUAUGCCAUUAUUGAAAAUUUUUAUUUUUAAAAUCUAUAUGCCAUAUUAUUAACAUGCAUUUUCAAUGUGAGGCAGCAUAAAUGCAGUAUUUAACAAAACUCUGUGUUGCCAAUAGAGUUUGGAGGUGGAUAUUCAGUUUACAGUGUAUAAAUUUAAAGUAUGCAUCCUUUUAACAACGCUUUGUGUUAGCAUGCUGCAAAUCAAAAUGGCGCUUAAUAUAAAAAGCUGGUUUAGGGAAAUUUAAUUAAAAUCCUGUUCAUAAAUGUAAUGCAUAUGAUGUGUACUUUUAAGUUAUAGUUGCUUCAUGUUUACAAUCAGCUGUUCAACAUAAUUAAAAUGUAAUUUUACUUUAUACUAUAUUGUGGUUUUGUGUUUGAAGUAAUGUUCACCUUUCUGUUUUUGCACCAGAUAAGAAUCUGUUCCUUGAGAAUAAAUUUUUUAUCUUUCUUAACUUCAGAAUAUUAAAUUUGGAAAAUUUUAAAUAGUGUGUUAUGUGGCUGUAAAUGAUGUACACGCUGUAAAAUAAGAUUGUCAUUGUUAUGUGGGAUUAUUAUUUCUAAAUGUUACUCAUUGAAAUGAGCAUAUAAUAAAAAGCAUUUAUUGCA